UGUUUGUAUGAACACACCAAGCAGAAGCAAAAAUGCCGUGCGCUUCUCUUCUCUGUCGCUCUUCAAUGUCAAACACUUUGAUGAACACAACUGAGAAUAGAACAUGGCGGUUUACCGUAAAUUUUGGUAUGCACCAGUUUGUAUGGUAUUUUGUGUCGCUCAAAGUAUCCGCACCAUUCGUAGCAACACACUAUAACAUAGCGCAUGUGAUUUUGCAUCGAAAAAUCAAAAGUUUUACAUAUUAUUAAACAUUCAGCGAUUUGACACACGUGAAAAAGUUAAAAGUAUCAUUUGAAUCUAAAACAAAUAGCGAGACAAAUAACAUUUAAGCACUUGGCAAUCGAUCGUCUGCGGUUUUUAAGGUGAAAAACCAUUGCUAUCAUGGAUAAUAGAUCUGAUUCCGAAAAGAGUCAACCAAGCAGUUUCUGGUUUCGAGGCUUUAGCAAUGAGUGGCAAAGCUUUGCACAGAAUAUAGUGGACACCAGCCGUGCAGCGUACCGACCACAUCUGGAUGACAAGGAAAAUAUCGAUCCAAAUGAAGUCCCGCCAGCCAAACGACGCCGAUUAUCUCAAGUUCUGUUACCAGUUGGAAACGAAGAUCAAGGUCGGCCGUUAGCUGCAAGAAAGCCGGAAAAUGCGUCUGUUGCAGUAAAUGACAUCGAAAGUGUUGCUGUGGCAAAUAAUACCGUUACAGAUGAUGUAAUUCAUGAGAAACAAAACGACACAGCCAGUGUAAGCCAAGCUGACACCGAACCGUUAAAUGAACUAAGUGAAGCUGAACCUAAACCAAAUGAAACUACAGAAAAACCGAAAAUGUUCUUCGAUUUGUUGGAUGAGGAGGUGUUGGUAAAGAUUUUUGAUCACUUGGAUUUGUAUGACCUGUUGCAAAUGUCCGAUGAAGACACACGCAUCGAGCAAAUCAUUGCUGAAAAAAUCAUGCCAUCACGAGUGCUCAACAUCUCAAAAAUCCGAAAUCACUACUCGAUUCGACAUGCGUUCAAGCAUUUCGGUGAACAUGUACGGGAGCUGGUGGUGAAGCAAAGUGACAUUCAAUGGAAAGAUGACAAAUUGAGUGAGAUCGAGGAGAUCAUUCGACUGAUUGGUAAACGUUGUUCGGACGGAAAACUCAAGAAACUGUCCAUUUCCUUUGAUAUGAACGAUAUCAAAUCAUCGGAAUUCCGCACACAAGUCCCCGAAUGCUUCAAGGCAAUCGAAUCGUUGACAAUAAUUCACGCCAGUCGUCGUUCGGCCAACUUUGACCAUUGCCUCGAAACAUUGCUGACCAGUUGCACUGGACUGAAGUCAUUGACGCUAAAUCGAAUCGGAUCAAAUGGCAAAUUCCUGACCGCAUUGAAUGCCAUCAAACUGCAACAGCUAACAAUUGAUGAUUGCUAUCUCACUGAAUCGAAAUUCUGGCUUGAAUUUGUGCAAAAGGGAAUUCCGUCGUUGGAGUUUUUCGGUUGGGACAACUUGCACGUCUAUGGGCUACAGUUUCGAGAGGAAGCAUUCGUCCAUAUCAGCACGGCUUUUCCAUGUCUUGGAGAUUUGUCGUUCGACGCUGCAUCGGUGUCAAUGGAGAAAUUCAUCACAUUUGCGCAGUUGCCUGGGAACCCUUUGAAUGUGCUACAACUAAAAUGUUCAUGGCAUGACUAUCGCGUUCCAACGGCACUGCCACAUUUGUGGUAUCUUCAGCAGCUACACAUCGAAUUUCAUGAUCGCUCGAAUCCCAUCGAUGAAGAACAAAACACAGCCUGGAAAUAUGCCAUGAAAAGCCUCACCACGUUAAAAAUCAUCAAGAUGCAAUCGUCACAAUAUCGCUUUGGUUGGGAUACGUUUAUCGAUUUGGUGGCAAAUCUGCCCAACGUUCAACUGGUUCAUUUCCAGGGAAAGGGACAAUUUCUUCAUAAACACAUCGAAAACAUUGUGUCGUGUUCACCGCAAAUACUUGGGUUGAAAUUGGACGUUCCAAUCAAAGCAUUCACACCGAAAUUGUACAACACACUCGUUCGCGAUCGCACUCGCUGGUAUCGUAAGUCGCCGAAGCUCUACAUUUUCAUGGAUGCGCAAAAGGUGAGCAGCUUGAAGAAAAGUGUCGGUGACUACGCCACAAAAGCAAACUGCAUUAGCCUUAAUUCAUCAUUGUAAAUGUAAGUUCCCAUCGAUGUUGACACAGACACAAACAUUUUAUACCGAUGCAAGCUAUAAAUACGUUUGAAUGGCUACGAAUAUCACACGAAAAUAACAAUGGCCAACCAUUUUCGAAAUGAAAAUCAGAACAGGCGACAAUUGUUAUUUUUCAAUGAAUUUUCUUUUUCAUACCACAAAAGUGGUAGUUUAUCAAGUUUUUACAUAGGAAGAGACAUGAUCAUCUGAGCUAACCAGAAGAAAUCGAUUCACUCUGGAUCGCAAUCGAACAUUCAGUUGUCUGAACUAAAUAAUUAUUUAUAUUUUGAAAAUAUAAUUGUCGACAGAAAGAAAAUGCAAACAUUUUCGAAGUAGAAUUUGUUGUAAGAAAGCAAAGAGGAGAAAUAAAUCUGUUUUGAUGAAAAUUCUCUCACUGAUUGGAAUCAGAGAAUUAAAUUUUUAGAUUGAAUUGAAACCAAUAGACAUUUGUUCAAAGAAAAAUUGUAAACCUUCAGUUAUAUCAUUGUUAUUUGUAAGAAUUUACAAUCAAAAGAAACAAAUCUGAAUUGCGUUAGAAGGCAUUGACCAAGUUAAAUGUUGAUUUUUUUCGCAUUGGCGAUAAGAAACAUAGACUAUUCAAUAAAAUGGACAACAAACAAAAAAAUGAUUGAAAGAAAUCGAUUUAGAUUUUGUAAAACGCAUUCACGCAUAUAUUCAACAUUGAGCAUUGAAUGUUCAGCAAAUUGCGAUUCGAAUUGAAAUAAAACAAUGGAAAACUUAUCAGAAA